AUGGGUGCUGCGGACAGAGGGGCAAAGGAAAUUGACGAAGCGGAGAUUGGGCAAGCCGCUGCUAUGCUACCCAGAAUGGCUGCGGCGGGGAAGUCUGUGGCUGUUGAUGCUGUUGUGCCUGCAGCGGAAAGGGCUGCAGUCCAGGUGUCUGCUGGCGUUUCUGCCGCUGUCUUUGACGCCGACUCAGUUUCACCCUCUGCCACCCCACGGGUUGCACAGGUUGAGGCUGAGGGGACGAGGUUGGGCGCGGAUCCGGAACAGACCGCGGAGGUUGCGCUGUCCGCGUCCCCGACACCGGUGACACCGGUGGUGUCUGCUACGACUGGGGAGCAGGGUGACGCCCCGAUGGCAGAAGGCGCGAUGACUGCCGGUGCGUGCGCCGGAAUGCCUGCUGCUGCCGCGGCCGCAAGCAGGCAGGAGCACGGCCAGGCGGUGGGAGAGUUUCCAGGACCCGCGAACGGCGAUUCCUCCGGCGCUGCACGGUCAAAGUUGAAGAAGAAGCUACGGGCCCAGCCAGCGCCGAGACGGCCCGGAGCAGGGCUGGGACCUGGCUCCCCGGGACCCCUCCGAGGGGUUUCUGGACUCAACGAGGCGGCAACAGAGACGGCGGCAACCCGCCAUGCAGAGCAGCUGGCUGCAAACCAGGACAACGGAACACACAGCCACUCACCGCUAGGCCCAGUCGCUCCAGUUGAAGAAGCCGUCGCCACUCGUCGCUCGGCUCGGUUGGGAACUGUCACGUGGGGUCCACCAAGGGGAGGCCGUACCCCGUGGAUGCCGGUGGGGAGAGCGGGACUGGAAGCGACAGCUCGGCCAGUGCCGGCGGCAGGCCGGGGUUUCCGCGGUAUGGGCCGCGGGAGGCGAGGGGGACGGCGGGGGGGUGUCGCUCGCCUGGGGGGAGCCGAGAUCCAAGCACGAACGGGCCCUUGGCGGGAGCGUCACGACCGCCCAGAGGUUUUGGAGGCUGCAGCCAAUAGGGAGGAAGCUCGUUCUGCCGAGGACACUGGGGAUCCUGAGAUUAUGUGUGGAGAGGAGGCGGGCCCAGAGUCCGAAGAGAUUUCUCUGGAUAAUGAGGAGGAAGUGGGAAGAGGCAGGAAUCGAGUGAGGGGAGCGGGAGAGGGAGUGGACGGAGUGACAUCCCAUGCUGAAGGAGUGCCUGUACCAGCUGCCACGGUCACCAACGAAGUAAAAUCGCCGGCCACCCUGGCAGAGGAUGACGCCAUUUGGCAGGCGGCAGAAAUGUGGACUCUGGAUCUCCUUCAACGGAUGGACCAGCCCUUCCUAGUCAGACGACUGCCACCUCAAGUGUUGGACAAAUUCUGCCUGUGUCUCCUCGCACCUCUCCUGCGGCUGUCAACAAACCCAGAAUGCCCAGGUGCAUGGGCGAUCCUACUGUACCUCCCGAGGCUGACACUGCGCCCGCCACCAGAGCCAGUUGCUGGCAGUCGUUGGGCAGAAAUCGAGGCUCGGCUGCACCAUUUCUAG